CCCCCACACGGACCAGGCUCGGUUGAGUCGUCGGGUUUGAGGAGGAGUGCGGUUGGAGUGUGAGAGGGUCGCGGCCGCGAUGAUCUGACAGAUGAAAUAGCGACAAAAAAAAGACAGAGAAGGCGGUCGUCCUCCCACACAAAACAAUGUUCCCCAAAGGCAAAGGCACCCCGGUGCCGUCGGACGGCCAAGCACGAGAAAAGUUGGCUUUGUACGUCUACGAGUAUUUGUUGCACAUAGGAGCACAGAAGUCUGCACAGACCUUUUUAUCAGAGAUCCGAUGGGAAAAAAACAUAACACUCGGAGAACCCCCUGGAUUCCUACAUUCCUGGUGGUGUGUAUUCUGGGACUUGUAUUGUGCUGCACCGGAGAGGAGGGAGACAUGUGACCACUCCAGCGAAGCGAAAGCCUUCCAUGAUUACAGUGCAGCAGCAGCCCCCAGUCCUGUGAUGGGAGGGAUGCCCCCUGGUGAGGGCAUGCCAGGAGGACCCAUGCCACCCGGCUUUUUCCAGGGUCCUGCUGGUCCCCAGGGCUCUCCUCACCCUCAGGCUCCUCCCCCUAACAGUAUGAUGGGACCUCACAGUCAGUCCUUCAUGUCGCCUCGCUUCGCUGGAGGCCCAAGAGGUCCCCCCAUCAGGAUGUCCAACCAGCCACCAGGCGGAGGACCGGGUCCUCAUCCCAUGCUGCCCAACAUGGACCCAACACGGCCACAAGGCCAUCCUAACUUGGGGCCAAUGCAGAGAAUGAGCGGCCCUCGAGGCAUGGGGCCUAUGGGGCCCGGCCCUCAGAACUUUGGUGGCGGGAUGAGGCCUCCACACAACACCAUGGGCCCCGGUAUGCCAGGAGUGAACAUGGGCCCAGGGACUGGUCGGCCAUGGCCCAAUCCCAACAAUGCCAACUCUAUGCCUUACUCAUCACCCUCCCCUGGUGCAUACGGGGGUGCAUCUGGAGGUGGGGGGCCCCCAGGAACUCCCAUCAUGCCCAGCCCUGCAGACUCAAACAACUCUGGUGACAAUUUGUACACCAUGAUCAACACUGGACCCGGCAACCGAAAUAACUUCCCGAUGGGCCCCGGCUCUGACGGACCCCUGGGAGCCAUGGCUGGGAUGGAACCACACCACAUGAACGGGUCACUAGGCUCUGGUGAUUUGGAUGGAAUGAACAAGAAUUCUCCAAACAAUUUAAGUGGCAUUAGCAAUCCUCCCGGGACCCCGAGGGAUGACGGGGAGCUGAGUGGAAACUUCCUCCACUCUUUUCAGAGCGAGAACUACUCUCCAACCAUGACCAUGAGUGUGUGACCUCCCCUCCGCCCCACCCAACAUUAUUUGCCAUCAUUCCGAGGAUCUGAACUCACGAUAGGACACGGCCAAACACAUCAGCACCGAAUCAGGGACGGGCGCCAUUUUGGUUCCACGCUUAACGCCAGAAUGCUGAUCGGAGAGAGAGAGAGAAAAAUCCAAAAUGGCUGGCGACUACUGCUCCUUGCUCAACAUGAAGGACAAUUUCUCCCAUUUAUCACGACCCCCAAGUGUGACAAAACCAGCUACUGAAGUGCAUACAUGACACGUUUUACGUUCUUUGCAGAGCCCCCCCCAUAACCCACUCAACCCUAGAGCGCAGAGAGAGAGAAAAAAUGGUUGAAAGUUUACCUCUUGUACUUUUUAAUUAUUGCUUUGUGGUGCAGGAAAUGUCUCCGCUUUCGUCCCUUAAAACACUGGAGAGUGUGCAUAUGCAGUGUGAGCUUGGAAAUGUCUUUGUCUCGUCCUUUUACUUCUCGCCAUGCGUACUGUGUCACAGUUUGACAUAGGACUCAAGAAUUUGCGUUUUAUGAAUAACGUACUAUCCUACCCAGUGCCCACCCUUCUAUUUAAAGAGGUUCGUAUAGGGGGAGAGACUUGAAAGAUUACGACUUUCCACGGUAUGUAAGUGCUCAGAUGCUUCUUGCAAUGUCACAUUGAUCCCGUUCGAUCAGUUCCGGUCUCCGGGGCUUUUUUUUUUUUUUUUUUUUUUUUAAUUUAAACGGCUGGAUCGCUGUCGCGUUCUGUUCGAGGGAAGCCAGACCUGGGCAUAAGAAGUGAGUGCAUGAAUGCUGAGAAUCUGUGUACAACAUACUACCUAGUGCUGCUCUUCUCUACGUGGACACCUGCUUUAAGAUGUGGUGUAUAUCUCUUUACCUCUCUGUGCUUAACACUCUGUGCUCUCCCUCGUCGUAGCCUUCCGUGUUCUCUCCAGUUAUGGUUGAUUUAUGAUGAGAUGGCUAUGAAUGAGCGAGCCCCAUUUUAAUCUCUCAUACGUAUUGGUCGUCCCCUUGCCCCGGCCCCUUCUCGCCCGCCCACACAUUUCUUUCUUUUUUUUUUUUUUUAUAUUUUGAUACGAUCUUUGACUACAUAUAUUGCCCCAGUUAUUCAGCUAGUCAAAGCUUUCUAAACCCAUUCUAGUAGGCAUCAUUAUAAACUUAGCAGCAGUCUUGUAAAUGUGAUGAGAAGUUUUAUUUUUUUUUUUUUUCCUGUGAACAUUACGCAUUAUAUACAUCUGUCCUAUGUUGCCUUUAUUUGCUGAUAUUUUUUUAUUUCAAAUUGAGGAAAGAUUGCUUGUUAAUAUAAUUUUACAAUAACUUAA